GUCGUACCGGCUAUGCUGUAAACUUACAAAAUCGAUUGAGACUCGAUUUUCAUCUAAUACAGCUGUGAAUCGAAUCUGUCAUGAGACUUGAGCUUAUGUAACAUUUUUGUCACUAAAAUUAUUUAAACUCGCUUACAUAUCAGCUGUUUACCACAUCUGAAAGGGUAAAAUAAACUUCAAUAAAAAUGUUGCGGCGCUGCUCGAAACAUUUACAAACGUUAUAUCGGAGACAGGGGCAGAGCCUCAGGUAUCGCACCACCGAUGUGCCCAAGGCCCUCGGCGCUCUGGGCCAGGCGCGGCCGGCACCAGCCAGGAUCCUCGCCGCCCACCACCAGGUGGCUUCAAUACACUUCACCAGACCACUUUACGAAGAGCAGGAUGUCAUGACCCCAGGCUUCCCGGACUCAGUAUCCGAAGGUGACGUCAAACUCGACAAGAAAGUCGGCGACGCCGUGGCCGCUGAUGAAGUCGUGCUCGAAAUUGAAACCGACAAGACCGCGAUUCCCGUAAUGGCGCCAUCUCAUGGCGUGAUCAAAGAACUAUACGUGAAAGACGGGGAUACGGUGAAAGCCGGGCAGAAGCUGUUCAGGUUAGAGGUGACUGGGGAGGCGCCGAAGAAGGCUGCGGCCGCGCCCGCGCCCGAACCUCCCAAAGCGGAAGCGCCACCUCCGCCUCCUCCUGCCGCGGCCGCCCCACCACCUCCUCCCCCGCCAUCAACCUCCACACCUCCGCCAGCGACUCCUCCACCUCCACCGAGGGCUACACCUCCACCUGCAGCCCCCAUCUCCUCAAUUCCGGUCGCAGCCAUCCGACACGCACAGUCGAUAGAGACAGCCACUGUUAAAGUUCCACCAGCGGACUAUAGCAAGGAAAUUUCUGGUACACGUACCGAGCAGCGCGUUAAGAUGAACAGAAUGCGUCAACGUAUCGCUCAGCGACUGAAGGAUGCGCAGGACACCAACGCCAUGCUGACGACGUUCAACGAAAUUGACAUGUCUCACAUUAUGGCCUUCCGCAAGAAGUAUUUAGACGCUUUCACCAAGAAGCACGGUGUUAAGCUUGGUCUUAUGUCGCCUUUCGUUAAAGCAGCGGCAAACGCUCUGACGGACCAACCGGUGGUCAAUGCGGUUAUUGAUGGCAAUGAGAUUAUUUAUCGUGAUUACGUUGAUAUCUCAGUCGCGGUAGCCACGCCCAAAGGCUUAGUCGUGCCAGUCAUUCGCAACGUGCAGACGAUGACAUAUUCUGACAUCGAACUGACGGUUGCAGGUCUGGCUGAAAAAGCCAGAACGGGAAAAUUGACCAUCGAAGAGAUGGACGGUGGUACUUUCACUAUCAGUAAUGGCGGAGUAUUCGGAUCUCUUAUGGGUACGCCCAUAAUAAAUCCACCACAGUCCGCCAUUUUGGGUAUGCAUGGCAUCUUCGAACGGCCUAUUGCGUUGAAUGGUCAAGUUGUAAUUCGACCGAUGAUGUACAUCGCAUUGACUUACGAUCACAGAUUGAUUGACGGACGUGAAGCUGUCCUUUUCCUGAGGAAGAUUAAAGAAGGUGUCGAGGAUCCAGCGACGAUCAUUGCUGGAUUGUAAUUUUAUAACAAAAACCGAGCUGUCGAUAUACUUGUAGAUAGAGUAGGCGGGUUAUAUU